GUUGCUAUUUUCAUUUGGGUCUCCAACAGUUGCGGCGAGUCUUGUUCGAAGCGUGUACGUGUGCAGUCUGAAAGUGCGGCCGGUCGGUCAAUUCUUGGAUUUAUUUAUUUGUUAAUAUUUUAGCCACUCAGUCGAAUUGUGUGUGAAAUCGAAAGAGUUUUCGAAAACAAGUUGUGAGUAAAAACAAAGCAAAAAAAAAAAAAAAAUUGUAUGAAAAUAAAAAUUUGGUAAUAAAUUUGCUGCAAUAAAAUAUCAAUUUACAAAGAAAUAGCGAAAUGUCAAGUGCAAAGAAAUUGCAUGCAAAAAAUGCCAAUGCGAAAGUUUAUUGAAGUGUAAAACAAAUUGAAAGCUGAUAAAAUCAAGUGCUAAGCAAAGUGAGUUGUUAGCGCCAACAAAGAAUGUGAGUUGCCCCGUGCGCGCUAAUAUCUUACGCACCCGCCUCCGUCCAUCUUUGCCUCCCUGUGCCUGUCAGUACUUUCUACGCGUGAAUAAGCAAAUCGAAUGUGACAUUUUGGCGACCGAAAACGUUACUGUUACGGAGUAGCUACUGAACUAUAAAAAAAUUGUGCCCAAAUUAAAUAAUUUAAUGUUGAAAAAAUUGUGAAAAAGUAGUUUAGUGCGCAUUGUAACCAAGGAAGCGAAAGAAUACAAGAUCUUUCUGUGCGUCGUCUAGAUACGCGAUUGCGGUUUUGCGAAUAUAUAUUAUUGUUUGUUUAUAAGCUAGAUAGCAGCAGACCAGUGGCAAUUGAAAUUUUGUGAACUUGUUCUUGUAGUAGUUCAUUUGUGAAACACUUUCGUUUUAGCGCAUUCCCGUAAGCGCUAACAAAAUAUUGGCUACACAGGAACAUGCAGAAAUUUAUACAUACAUAUAAUCUAAGAACAAAAGUUUACACACAUAACUAUCAUCACCUUUACAUACUUGUGAAUAAUUAAUUAAAAAACCAUGUGAAAAGCAAAUACAAAAAUUCUUGAAAUAAAUGUGUUUUUAUUGAAAAAAAAACCGGUGCUACCUAACCACAUAAUACCAACCGCAUUACAAGACCACAAAACAAAAAAAAAAAAUAACGAUUUUUUUUUAAUAUUUUAAAAUUUGUGAAAAAGUAAAAACAACUUAAACAGUUAUCAAUACAAGCCUACAGCAAUGGGUUUCUCAUCGGCCCUGCAGGGCCGUGCCGCGCACGAGGCAUUAAUCGUGCGCCAAGAUGCCGAACUACGACUUAUGGAGACCAUGAAACGAUCCAUACAAUUGAAAGCCAAAUGCGAUCGGGAAUAUGCGAUCGGUUUGGCUGCGGUUGCACAACAGGGUAUGAAAACUGAUCGCGCCGAUGAAAUGCAAGGCAGCCUCAUAACGAAAGCCUGGCGCUCCUAUAUGGAUGAAUUGGAUCAUCAAGCUAAACAAUUCAAAAGCAAUGCAGAACUACUUGAAGUUGUCUGCGAAAAGCUGACACAUUUAUCACAAGAUAAACGUAAAGCACGCAAAGCUUAUCAAGAGGAGCAUGCCAAGAUUGCAGCGCGCCUCAAUCAUCUCACAGACGAAGUUGUACGUAAGAAAGCCGAAUAUCAGAAACAUCUGGAGGGAUAUAAGGCACUGCGGACGCGCUUUGAGGAACACUACAUAAAAUCCGGUCGUGGUGGUCGAAAGUUGGAUGAUGUACGCGAUAAAUAUCAGAAAGCCUGCCGCAAACUACAUCUCACCCACAACGAAUAUGUACUCUCCAUCACCGAAGCCGUCGAGGUGGAGAAAGAUUUCCGUACAGUAUUGCUACCCGGUCUGUUGGAGCACCAACAAUCUGUGCAAGAGAGUUUCAUACUACUGUGGAAGAAUAUACUGCAAGAGACCAGCCAGCAUGGAGAUCUCACAUCUGACAAAUUCAAGGAAAUACAGAAACGCAUCGACAAUGUGAUAAACAGCAUAAAUCCCAGUGAGGAAUAUCGGGAAUUCACCGAGAAACACAAAACCUCCCCCACCACACCUUUAGUAUUCCAAUUCGAUGACGCACUUAUCGAGGAUAUACCCGGCAAAUUGCAAUCGAAUACGCUCACCGUUGAUAAUCUCACAGUCGACUGGCUGCGCUCACGACUCAUUGAUUUGGAAAUGUCUGUGAAGGAAUGCCAGGAGAAACAGCUGAAAAUGAUCGAGCAUGCGAAUGGCGGUUCACCGAUAGCGAAUGGAAGCAUAACGCGCAAUGGCAGCACCGCCAGCAAUGGCAUACAAUCGCCCAAAGACAGUCAGAACAGACAAUCCAAGGACCUCAAUGCAUUGCGCUGUCAAGAGAAGCAAAAACAAAAGUUGGUGGAUAUGAUUAAGUGCGCUUUGAAUGAGAUUGGCUGCGAGGAGUUGCCAUCUGGCUGUGAUGAUCAUUUGGAACAGAAUUUCAUAGAGAAUAGCUUUAACAAUGAUCAACAGCAGAACUCGGCAACUUCGACCAAUUCCACAGGCGUAAGUAUUAUCAACGAGUUACGACGACGCGGUGGCGUGCUCACACUACUACGUGGUAGACCGUUCAAACGCAAAUCGACACCGCAGCCGACCACGCCCACCGUCAACCGUAUGCGCACGCAACGCUUCAACAAGCUACAACCUCGUUCCCAAAGUCUCGGAUCGUUGUCGGUAAAUACCAGUCCUGCGAAAUAUGAGCCCAUUACUAACCCCUUGCGCAUGGCUACAAGCCUCGAAGCUAACACUAGCUAUGGUCUGCAUGACAUCGAUCCCGAUUCAGUGAUCAUGUUUGAUCGUAGUGCCACUAAUGCAAAAAUGUUUCCCAAGUUGCGACGCACGCAACUCUCAAUGUUGUGUUUAAAUGAAGAAGAGACGCCAACCGCUUUUGUUAUAUCCAUUGAUACUAACCCAAAUGAGCCAGAGUUAGACGAUCACACGAACAACAAUAAUAAUAGUAUUAAUAUAUAUGCCGAUUUGUUAGGGGGUUGUGAAUCAUUGGGGGGUGACUGUGAUAGUGUAAGAAGUGGUGAGUUAGCUUUGCGACGACAAGAAAAUGUGAAAAUCGAAAUCAAUCGUGAAGACAGCACAAGACUAACGGUCGCGUGUGCACCUGAAUUGCGCACGGAAGUGGUGGAAAAGAAGGAUUUGGAUAUGGUUUCGGAGAGUAAUAGUAGUGGGACAAUAGUGGCAGGAACCACCGCCGUUUUAGAAACAAAAGUGACAGUGAAGAAUUCAAUUGAUGCGCAUUUGGAUAAAAUCGAUGAAUUGAAUCGCACACUGGAUGAUCGUCUGAAGCGUCAGUUGCCACAAGCUGCUACAACGCGCCCGCAAUUGAACUUUGAUGCCAUCGAGUCAGCUGAUGCCGCCGGAGUCACAACACGCACGAAAACCGCCGGAGACCAGGAGGCACAUUGCUCUUCCAAACGUUCAUCAAGCUCAAGCUCCGACUGCCGAACAUGUGCUACGCGUAAGGAGAAAGAUAGUGACGUUGGUAGUGGCGGCAAUACCAAGAAACGCUCUGUCUCAUUUUCACAAAAGUCCAUAAACGCGAUUAUGACCAAUUUCAAGGAGUUCACGAAGAAGAACGCCAUGCCGAAAGUGCCAAAGACAACCAUUACAUUGGUGGAAUACAAAGAGAACAGCGAUCAGUUUGAGUUGAUCGAUCCGGAGCUCGGCAAGUCAACGCAGAGCAAUGGUCGCGCCAAUGACGGCGCUGAUAAAACUGUCGUAGAAACGGAGAACGAAACGGAUACCAAGCCAAAGAGUAACGGCAGUGUGACCAAAGAAAAAACGACAUCUAACAACAAUAACAAGCACAAUGCUAGCACAACAGACAAUACAACGAGUACUACAACGCAAACACCGGUGUUAGCUGCCUCAGCUGAUAGCACCACUAAUCCGUCCAAAACCGAGCCAUUAGCCAUGACCGCUAAGCUACGCCUGAAAGUGCCAAAGAUACAAAAGAAGUCUAAAGCGCUGCGUCAAACGUUCCGCGCCAAGCUACUAAAUUUCCAAAUUAAACGCGAUAAAAUAUGCAAACAAUGCACGAAGCGCCGGCGCGUGCACCCGUCCAAGAAUAUGUUCAGCAAAGACUUCGGCUUCAAACGCGACGAAGUCAAUACGGAAAACUGCGUUGCGGGAGUUGAAGAAUUCUGCACAUGCCCGCCCGAUAAGUGCUCAAAUAAAAUCGCCUUCAUCGAACCAGCCACACACUUCGAUUCGAUGAGCUCUGCCGAGGCCGAAGACGAGGGCAGUGGUGGCGAGGAUCACCUCAGCCUGAAGGAGCAUUGCUACAGCGUUCCCAGCUUGGCGAUGAGUAUGUCACUGUCCACAAAUCGACCACUCUACGAAGAAGAAUGGUUCCAUGGCGUAUUGCCGCGCGAAGAAGUCGUGCGUUUGCUCAACAACGACGGUGAUUUUCUGGUACGUGAGACCAUACGCAACGAGGAGAGUCAAAUUGUGUUAAGUGUUUGUUGGAAUGGACACAAGCAUUUCAUUGUGCAAACCACUGUCGAUGGACAUUUCCGUUUCGAAGGUCCGCCAUUCCCCAGCAUUCAGGAGCUCAUUAUGCAUCAAUAUCAGUCGGAGCUGCCGGUCACUGUGAAAUCGGGUGCCAUCUUGCGACGUGCCAUUUGCCGCGAACGCUGGGAGUUGAGCAAUGAUGACGUCGUGUUGCUCGAGAAGAUCGGACGUGGUAACUUCGGAGAUGUCUAUAAAGCGAAGUUGAAGUCCACAAAACAGGAUGUCGCUGUGAAAACUUGCCGCAUGACGCUGCCCGAUGAACAGAAACGCAAAUUCUUGCAAGAGGGGCGCAUUCUCAAGCAGUACGACCAUCCGAAUAUUGUGAAAUUAAUUGGUAUUUGUGUGCAAAAGCAACCAAUUAUGAUCGUUAUGGAACUCGUGCCAGGUGGCUCUUUACUAAAUUAUUUGCGAAAGAACUCAAAUUCAUUGACGACUCGUCAACAAAUGGGCAUGUGUCGAGAUGCGGCGGCGGGUAUGCGCUAUUUGGAAUCUAAAAACUGCAUACAUCGUGAUCUCGCAGCUCGUAAUUGUUUGGUUGAUUUUGAAAACUCAGUGAAAAUCUCCGAUUUCGGAAUGUCACGUGAAGAAGAAGAGUAUAUAGUUUCCGAUGGCAUGAAACAAAUUCCUGUUAAAUGGACAGCGCCGGAAGCAUUAAAUUUCGGCAAAUAUACCUCAUUGUGUGAUGUUUGGUCCUACGGUAUUUUAAUGUGGGAAAUUUUCUCCAAAGGCGAUACACCCUACUCAGGCAUGAGUAAUUCACGUGCUCGAGAGAGAAUCGAUGCAGGCUACCGUAUGCCAACACCUGAAAACACACCACCCGAAAUGUAUCGGCUCAUGUUAAAGUGCUGGUGCGCUGAAGCUGAAGCACGACCACAUUUCGACGAGAUAUACAACGUUGUCGAUGCACUGAUAAUACGAUUAGAUAAUAGUCAUUAGGAAGCAAAUAUAAAUUGAAUGCAAUAAAAAA